AUGGAGGCUUGCUCCUUGAACUCACCAACUGUAACCACAAUACCCUCUUUAUCCCAAAGUGGGUUUACAGAAAAACCUCUUCUGCGCGGUCAGGUCCUCAAAUUUUCCAAUUCCAAGAGGUACCCACAUGCCAGGAAGCUUGGAUUUCUUCAUAUCAAAGCUCAAGCUUCAGGCACCACAAAGUUCAGCUCAGAGAUAGUUGAGCUAACUUCAAAAGAAGUAGAUCUAAAGGAUGAGAAUCUUGCAUUUGUUGCUGGUGCUACUGGUAAAGUUGGCUCACGAACAGUAAGGGAGCUUUUGAAACUUGGGUUCGAGGUCAGAGCUGGUGUCAGAAGUGCUCAGAGAGCAGAAACUCUUGUGCAAGUACAAAUUUGA